AUGGAAUCUGAAAUAUCCAAUAGUGGAACAGUCAGUUUAAUCGAAGAACGAUUGCCUCGUGACAUUAAGCGGGAAUGGUCUAGAGAAGUCAACAGAUCAACCAGCAAAGUAGAACAGAAAAAUAAGUUCCCGUAUCUUCUCCAAUUCCUUCAAGAACAAAGAAAGAUUAUAGAAUACGAGCCAUCAGAGCUGAGGACUGGAGGGGAUCAUGCUCGCAAAGGUCGUGUCCACAUGAUUGACCGUGAUGGAAAGUUUAUUGAAGACAAAGAAGCUACAAAGACGACCAGGUGCUUAGUUCACAGCUCGAGCACGCAUAAUACAGCCGAUUGUAGAGUAUAUCAAGAGAUGGCGCCUGAAGGGAAAGUCCAGUUGUUAAAGGAAAAGCAAGCUUGCUGGUCAUGCCUCAAGAUUGGUCACCGCUCUAUUGACUGCAGACAACGCAAGAAAUGCAACAGUGAUGAUUGUUCAAAAUAUCACCAUGAUUCCUUACACGUAGCCCACGUUCAAGGGGUUGCAUUCCAUAUACCAUAUUUUUCCCGGCCAAAUUCUGACGCAGAUGGAAAGGAAUCGGGAACUUGCUUGCUGCAGGUGAUGAAAAUAAAAUCAGCUGUCAAUGCUGCUCCUUUAAAUGUGCUGUGGGACGGUGGUGCAACCAUUAGUCUGAUCACCUUUGCUAAAGCACGUGAGCUAAGUUUGGAUGGAGAGGAAAUUAGGCUGUCGGUUGUCAAAGUUGGCGGUGUCAAGGAAGAGAUGAGAUCAUCAGUAUACAAACUUCCCUUAAUCGAUGAAUCAGGGGAGACUGUCAACUUCCGCGUUUAUGGAAUUGAUCGGAUAUCCUCCCCUAUGGAGGGAAUUAACCUCAACGGCGUGAUGCAUCUGUUCCAAAACAUAAACAAGCAGGAGAUUCAGCGACCAAAUGGGGAAAUAGAUGUGUUGAUUGGUUAUGAGUAUGCAGGUUAUCAUCCUGAGCGGGAGCAAUCUUCUGGGCAUUUACUUCUGUUGAAAAACCGAUUCGGUCGUUGUCUGGGUGGGUCUCAUACCAGUAUGGCAGAGAACACGCUUAAGCUUAUCCAGCAUGCUACAGUUCACCAUGUUGCGAGGAUAAACAUUGAAAAUUUUUUCGAUACUGAAUCUCUAGGCGUUGAAUGUUCCCCGAGAUGUGGAAGUUGUCGCUGUGGACGGUGCCCAAUUGGUGGGAAAAGCUUCACAUUGAAGGAGGAGCGGGAAUUAAAUUUGAUUGAGGAAGGAUUGACACAUGAAGGCGAUCAUUGGGUUGCGCGAUACCCUUGGAUUAGGAGCCCGGAUGAUCUGCCAAACAACAAAGAAGCAGCUUUGAGAAUGCUUGGGUCUACAGAAAAGAGGUUGCAGAAGAACAAACCGCUUCUGGAAACGUACAAGGAGCAGAUUCAGGAUAUGGUACAGCGAGGUGUUGCAAGGAAACUCACACAAGCAGAAAUUGAAAACUAUGACGGCCCAGUAUAUUACCUAAGCCACCACGAGGUGCUUAAACCAGAAUCCACAUCCACGCCUUGUCGAAUAGUCUUCAAUUCGUCAGCGAAGUUUCAGGGACAUUCACUAAAUAACUACUGGGCUAAGGGACCAGAUCUUAUGAACAACCUGCUCGGCAUACUCGUGAGAUUUAGAGAAGGCCCAGUCGCAUUUGUCGGCGAUAUACGGAAGAUGUACCACGCCAUAAAGAUAUCAGUUCUUGAUCAGCACACUCAUAGAUUUCUUUGGCGCGACGUGUCGCAGGAUAGUGGGACAAGUACAUACGUCAUGACGUCCGUAUCGUUCGGUGACAAACCUGCGGGAAAUAUCGCCACAGUUGCUCUACGCAAAACAGCGGAAAUGCAAAAAGAUGAUCUUCCGAAUGCAUCAGAUACCAUCCUCAACAACACUUACGUUGACGAUAUUGCAGAUAGCGUGGAGACUAUGGUAACAGCACGAGAGACAACCGGUCAAAUUGACGAUUUGGUCAAGGUUGGUGGAUUCCAAAUCAAGCAUUGGAUCUAUUCAUCAGAGAAUGUGAACGAUGACAGCGCAAAUAGAUCACUGGGAAGCAAGUCGGUAUGCGAGAAGCAGAUACAAAAUACUGGGACAGCAUGCUCUGAAGGGGAUGAACAGAAAGUUCUUGGUGUACGCUGGGAUUCAAAUAGGGACGAAUUUUGUUUCAAAACGCAACUUAACUUUACCCCAAAGAUUAAGAAACUACGAAGUGGACCAAAUCUCACUCAAGAACAAGUUCCAGCGCUUAUUCCGCCCAUACUAACGAAACGGAUGGUGUUGUCGCAGAUUAACGGAAUAUACGAUCCACUUGGACUCGCAGCCCCAUUCACCGUGAGGGCAAAGAUACUUAUGAGAAAAUUGUGGAUAGGAGAAUCGAAAGACCUGACCUGGGACGAUCCAAUCCCCGCCUCGUUAAGAGAAGAGUGGUUGCGAUUUUUCAUUGAACUUUUCAACAUGGAAAAGGUCACGUUUAGAAGGUGCGUGAAACCAGUCGGUGCUGUUGGCAACCCAGCCCUCGUGAUGUUCAGUGAUGGAUCAGACCAGGCAUAUGGUACAUGUGCGUAUGUAAGAUGGCAGCUUGAAAAUGGGACUUUUGGUGCCAAUCUUCUAGCAGCAAAGAGCAGGGUCACACCAAUUCUAAAGACGACAAUCGUUAGAACGGAGUUGAACGGAGCGUUGCUUUCGAAAAGGCUUAGUGCUUUUAUCAAGAAAGAAUCUCGCCUCAUUUUCGAGAAAGAAUAUUUUUCGUGGACUCGGAGAUAGUUAGAGCAAUGAUUCAGAAAGAUUCGUACGGAUUCAACACCUAUGCAGCCGUGCGAAUUGGCGAGAUUCAAGAAGGAACUUCUCCAAGUGAUUGGCAUUGGAUUGAAGGGAAACUCAACAUAGCUGACUGGAUAACGCGGGGGAAGAAUCCGAGCGAGCUUGACAAGAACAGUCUUUGGCAGACAGGGCCAGACUUUCUUCACCUGCACGAAUCAGAAUGGCCAAUCAAGAAAUUUGUAUUACCGGAUCACCUGCCUGAAGAGACCAAGGCGGCAAUGAUCAUUCAAGUUGAGUCGAGAAUCAUACUGUCUCAUGCCAUUGAUAUUCUACGAUUCUCUUGCUAUUAUCGUUUGCUUCGGGUGACUGCACGCAUUACAGCUGUCGGCAAAAAGACCCCGAAACCAUCGUUGAAAAAUCUUGCUGCACCAGUCGAAGCGGAAUGUGUACAGAAUGCUGAGCUUCUUUGGAUCAAAGAAGCGCAAAAAUCGUUGCAGCAGCGCUUCGAGAAAGGAAAGUUUAAUCGACUUUGCGCACGAAAGAGAAAAGAUGGAAUCAUCGUUGUUGGUGGGAGAAUCCCAAAGUCGUCUGAAUCUAGUUACGAUGAACAAGAAUUGAUCCUGAUGCCGUUCGAUCAUCGAGUGUCUCGUUUGUACGCGGAACGUGUCCACAGUAGAGGUCACAAUGGAGUAUCCACCACUAUGAGCAAGAUUCGAACCCGCUUCUGGAUCCUGAAGCUGCGCAAGAUGGCUAGGGCUAUCAGAGAGCAAUGUGUCAUCUGUCGCAAAAAGCAGAAGAUUUUGGAAAGUCAAGUGAUGGGAACAUUGCCGAAAGAACGUGUGACCCCUGCACCACCGUGGAAUUCAACUGCGGUAGACUUUUUCGGACCAUUUCAGACGAGAGGUGAGACAAACAAGCGUUCCCGGGGUAAGGCGUAUGGUGUGCUCUUCAACUGCAUGGCUAGCAGAGCUGUUCAUGUGGACAUAGCAACCGAUUACAGUACGGAAGGUUUCCUAAUGGUUCUACGAAGAUUUGUCUCUAUCCGAGGGUACCCGAAGCACAUGUUUUCAGAUUGUGGGUCUCAACUUGCGUCUGCUAAUAAGGAAUUAAAAUCCAUAAUCGAAGGUGUUGAUCACGAACGACUUCGAGAGUUUGGCGCUGAGCAUGGGUUAGAGUGGAAGUUUGCAGCUGCUGAUGCUCCAUGGCAAAAUGGUUGCUCCGAAGCACUGGUGAAGUCUGUGAAGGGCGCAAUCAAAGGGGCGAUUGGGGAUCAGGUAUUGAUGUUUUCCGAGCUACAGACAGUCUGUUUUGAGGCCGCCAACCUAGUUAACGAACGGCCAAUUGGUAUUCAUCCGACGAGUCCCAGCGACGACACAUAUCUUAGCCCGAAUCACUUGCUUCUCGGUAGAGCGUCGGCAAGAAUUCCCAGUGGACCAUUUAAGGAAACGAAGAACGAAAGGUUGCGCUUUGAAUUUGUGCAAAGAUUGGUGAAUGCGUUCUGGAAACGAUGGAUCCGUGAUUAUUUCCCGAGCCUAUUAAUACGACAGAAAUGGCAUGUUGAUAAACGAAACGUGUGUGUCGGAGACGUUAUGAUUCAAGACUCGAACAGUAUUCGUGGACAAUGGAAAGUUGGUCGCGUAUCGAAAGCCUUGGUUGAAGACGAUGGAAGAGUACGCAGGGUCGAAGUACAGUACAAGUGUUUGCCAACGAAAGAGACAAAGGUAUACAAAGGACAAGCUUAUACGACAAUCGAAAGGCCUGUGCAAAGAUUGGUUGUAAUUGUUGCGGCAAACGAAUCGUUUGAAAGAAACUAA